AUGGCAUCGCGUGGAUAUUUCUUUGUUCUUCUCCAUGCAUUUGUAUUUGCAACUCUUGCAACCUCAGCUUUCUCACAAUUGUCAACUAAGUACUACGACUACACAUGCCCCAAUGCUUUAAGCACCAUCAAAAGUGUAGUUGAGGCUGCGGUGCAGAAAGAGCGUCGUAUGGGCGCAUCUUUGCUACGUUUGCACUUCCAUGAUUGCUUUGUUAACGGCUGUGAUGGUUCAAUUCUUCUAGACUCAACAUCCUCCAUUGACAGCGAAAAGAAUGCAUUUGCCAACAACAUGUCUGCACGAGGAUUUGAAGUGGUGGAUGAGAUCAAGCAAGCGGUGGACGAAGCAUGCGGAAAACCUGUUGUUUCUUGCGCAGACAUAUUGGCUGUAGCCGCUCGUGACUCUGUGGUUGCGCUAGGAGGGGCCACAUGGGACGUGAGACUUGGAAGAAGAGACUCCACUACAGCAAGCCGUGAUGCUGCAAAUGCCAACAUUCCAGCACCAUCUUUCAAUCUUCCAGAACUUAUUAGCAACUUCAAGAACCAUGGUCUUGAUGAGAAGGACCUAGUUGUUCUUUCUGGAGCCCACACAAUUGGAUAUGCACGUUGUGUUUCGUUUAAGGAUCAUAUCUACAAUGACUCUAACAUCAAUCCCUACUUUGCACAAAACCUUAAAUACAUUUGCCCAAGAAAUGGAGGUGAUUUCAACCUUUCACCACUGGACCCAACUCCUGCACGCUUUGAUGUUGCCUAUUUCUCUGAUCUGGUUCAAAAGAAUGGACUUCUUCACUCUGAUCAAGAACUUUUCAGUGGUGGUUCUACUGAUGCAAUGGUUAAACAAUACAGCUAUGAUACCGUGGCUUUCUACAAGGACUUCGCCAACUCCAUGAUUAAGAUGGGAAAUAUUCAGCCCCUUACCGGGAAUCAAGGUGAAAUUCGUGUUAACUGCAGGAGGGUGAACUAA